AAUGGUCUCCCCUCCUUCUCCCGCCCAGCAAACCCCCUUCUCCUGCCCCGCCUCCCAGGGCUAAUUUGCAUAAUAAAUCCCCCUCCGAAGCGGCCAUUGGCUGCCGCGAGCCGCGCUCGCGCGUGAUGUCAGCGCUCCCCGGGUAAGGCUCGGCGCGUGGCGGGUAGUUGGAGCCUGUGGAAAAAAUCCUCGCCGACGGACAGUCGGGCGGGCGGAGAGCUGAAGAGCCCGGCAGAUGCGCCGUGGAAGAAGAACCGGAGUCAUACGAAGAGCAGCGGGAGCGGCUGCAGCAACUCCGUCCGGCGCUUCCUUCCUUCCUUCCUUCCUUCCUUCCCUCCCCUUCUUUGCUCUGACCACCAGACUUGGAAAGGACGCCUCCUUCCAGCUGUGGCCGGAGAUCGGACUCCGCACCUGCCCGAGGCGUUUGUGGCAGGCGUCCGAGGGGGAGGCAAUUGGAGGGGCCCGCCUUUCCCGCCAGAAAAGAGGCGACAAGAGAGAGAGGCGGGAGCUCCGUCCGAAGCGGGCAAAGGGAGCCUCUUCGCCUCAGCUCCCUCAGGGUCUGGGAAAGAAGGCGCCCCGUUUCUCUUCUUCCUGAGGAAACUGGACUCUGGUGAGCGCGGAGAGACGGAGGAAGGGCUUCCCUUUUAUUUUAUGAGAAGUUGCCUUGGUUUGUUCCCCUCCUGAGGGAGAGUAGGGAACCCACCCUUCUUAAUUUUGGGAGGCCAAGGGAGCACGAAGAUGCGGCGCCUAAACACAACCGUGCGGGAGUAGAGUGUCCCUCCCUCCGGGCUCGACGUGGACCCCGCCAUGCCUUCGUCCCAGGCGCCCCCUUGGAAGGCUCUCCUCUUCCUCCUCUUCCUCUUGGAAGCCGAGAUCUCCCCCUCCUCCUCGUCGUCGUCGCCCACUUUCUCCCGCCUGCAGCGCAAGAGCUUAGCCAUGGACUUCAUCGUGCCGUCGCUCUUCCGGACCUACCUGCGGGAGCUGGUGCUGAGCGGCGAGGGGGAGCCCGGCAAGGUCGCCUUCACGGCCCGCUGCAGCCUGGUCCUCGACUGCCCGCCGCUCCUCCGCGCCGCCAGCGCCUGGCUGCCCCGGAGCGGAGCCCCCUCCGAGCCCUCGGGUAGGACCCGGGCGCCGUCCAAGGUGCUGAAAGGAGGCGGCGGAGGGAGCUCGUUCUCGGUGCGGAAGCUGCGCCGCGCCAAGCAGCUGGUCCUGGAAGUCGGCGAAGGGCACCUGCGCGACGGCUGCGCCCAGCGUGAAGGCAGCCAGCUCCGCUUCGCGCUCAGCGAGGAGUUCCGCUGGUGGCUCCGCUCCGGGGAAGGCAGGCUCCGGAUCCGGCUCAUGCCCGAGAGGAGGGCCUCCUUCCAGGGCAGGGAGGGGCGCCUCUCCGCCGCCAUCCGCGCCGCCCAGCCCCGCCUCUUCCUCCACGUGGUCGCCCCCGGCUUUAGCAUUCCAGAAUCACCAACAAAUAUCCCUUCACACUCUUUGGAUUUUUCUGCAUGGAAUUUGUCCUGGGUCAUGAAAGAUUCCUUCCCUUCCUUUGCUCCCAGAGGGCGACACUUUUUCGACUGCAAUUUUGAAUCUCCCUGUGAUCUGGAGUAUUUCCCACCAAUGAGAGAGGGGUCCUGGCACAGAGUAAGUGCAGAUGAGCUCUCACAGCUCCAUCUUUUGGAUGGCCCCGACAGAGAUCACUCUGAAGACUCAACAAAAGGCUCAUUUCUGUACCUUAAUACCUCAGAAAACAUGAAUUUCCUUAUUUUGAGUCCAUGGUUGAAAAGCAGCAGCGAAGACUGCACUGUACAAGUUGCUGUCUACAGAUACUUCCAGCAAAGUGGGGAAUAUGUCAUUCAAAUUCUCCAUGCUAAUGAAAGCCGCAUCAAGAUCCCACUCAUUUCAAGCAGAGAAAAACAUGGCUGGAUGCUUGUCCAGGAAAGAGUUGGGCACCUUGAGAAACCUUUCCGAGUCUUCUUGGAAUAUAUUGCUAGUGGGAACAGAAGUGUUGCUGCCAUUGAUUCAUUUGCAAUGAAGAAUUGCAGCACAGGACUUCCUUUGAGUUCUAAAAUGGCUCUGCAGAGUUCUUUCAACUGCUGGAAUGGAAUGACAAUCAAGCUGGGACAGGUGUGUGACUUCACCAGAGAUUGUGCUGAAGGAGAGGAUGAGGGACAGCAAUGCAAAAAUCUGCCCCCUGGCUUCUACUGCUCCUUUGAGAAUGGAGACUGUGGAUGGACUCAGAGUUCACCAACCUCUCAAGAGAUCCAUUUCUGGCAUAUUGGAAACCCAAAGAAUAAGCAUUUUUGUUUACUGAAAGAAUGUGCACUUUUGCUUAACACCAGUGAAACACCAGUUACAGAAGCAGUGGUGAUGACCAGUGCAGUGUUUCCAGCUCCAAUGAAAAACUCUCCCUGUGAGCUUCGUAUGGCAUGGUUCCUCCAUGGUAUCUUGCUUGGAGAUGUUUCCCUCUUCCUUGUUGAGAACAAGACUGGGAAGGAACACAGCAGAAAGCUGUGGCAUUUUGAGAACAGAAAAGGAUUGGGAGUCUGGCAGAAGAUGGUCAGGCCUCUCAUUGAUGUGUCAGACAGGUUUUGGCUUCAAAUUAUUACAUCCUGGAAAGUUGGGUCAGAAGCCAUCAUUGCUUUUGAUAAUGUAUCACUCAGCCUGGACUGUUACCUAACAAUCAAUGAAGAGAAGACAUCUCGAGACCACAGUCCGGAUGCAGGCAAUCUGCUCACAGAAAAAGGCAGAGGGGAAGGACAUUUUACAGAAGGGCCAACCCAGGAUCCUGUGCCAUUUAGUUUCGGAGAUAAUUGGCUGUUUACCACUUGUGGUGCCAGUGGACCUCAUGGGCCCACUCAGACCCAAUGUAAUGAUGCCUAUAGGAAUGUCAACCUCAGUGUACUCUUAGGGGCAGAAGAAGGUUUCCCAGGUGUACAGAUCUGGAAAGUACCUGCAACAGAUACAUACAGCAUCUCUACUUAUGGGGCAGCUGGUGGCAAAGGGAAGAACACCAUAAUGAGGUCAAAUGGUGUGAAUGUAGCAGGAAUAUUUAAACUCCAGAAGAAUGAAUCCUUGUAUAUUUUGGUGGGGCAACAAGGAGAAGAUGCCUGUCCUAGUGCCAAUCACAUCAUUCAGAAAGUCUGCCUUGGAGAGAAUAAUGUGGUUGAAGAGGAAAUUAAAGCAAACAAGAGCAUCUAUGAAUGGGCAGGAGGAGGUGGCGGAGGUGGAGGAGCAACCUACAUAUUUAAGAUGGAGAAUGGAAAGCCAGUUCCUUUGAUCAUUGCAGCAGGGGGAGGUGGUAGGGCCUACAGAGCCAAAACAUAUACAUUCAACUUUGAAAGACUGGAGAAUGAUACUUCUGUACCAGGGCUCAAUGGGAGACCAGGAGCUGCAGGUGGUGGAGGUGGCUGGAAUGAUAACACUUCCUUCCUCUGGUCGGGAAAGUCUUUGCUGGAAGGCGCUACCGGAGGAAAAUCCUGCCCCCAGGCCAUGAAGAAGUGGGGGUGGGAGACAAGAGGGGGUUUCGGAGGGGGUGGCGGGGGGUGCUCCUCAGGUGGAGGAGGCGGAGGAUAUAUAGGUGGCAAUGCAGCAGAAAACAAUGAUCCAGAGAUGGAUGGAGAGGAUGGUGUUUCUUUUCUAAAUAUCCAAUAUGGAACAUUAUUUACCCCUGCAUUAAAAGUGACUGAGGGGCAUGGGGAAGUCAACAUCAAGUUGUAUGUGAACUGUAGCCACUGUGCCCAUGACUUAUGCUAUAGGGACGUGAAGACACAGGAAAUUGUUUGCACUUGUCUCUAUGGAUAUGUCUUGGCUGAAAAUGGUAUCUCUUGCUCAGCUGAAAUGGUGCAGCCAACGAAGAACCCUCCUCUCUCCUUGGUCUUGUCUGUAGUGACUUCUGCCCUUGUUGCAUCUCUCAUUCUGGCCUUCUCAGGGAUCAUGAUAGUGUACCGCCGGAAACACCAGGAACUGCAAGCCAUGCAGAUGGAGUUACAGAGCCCUGAGUAUAAACUGAGCAAGUUGCGCACCUCCACCAUUAUGACCGACUACAACCCCAAUUAUUGCUUUGCAGGGAAGACCACUUCCAUUAGCGACCUUAAAGAGGUGCCCCGGAAAAAUAUCUCUCUAAUAAGAGGUUUAGGCCAUGGAGCCUUUGGGGAGGUGUAUGAAGGUCAAGUGGUUGGGAUCCCAAGUGACCCCAAUCCCUUGCAAGUGGCUGUAAAAACUUUGCCAGAGGUUUGUUCUGAGCAAGAUGAACUGGAUUUCCUCAUGGAAGCUCUUAUAAUCAGCAAGUUCAACCAUCAGAAUAUUGUGCGUUGCAUUGGGGUGAGCUUGCAGGCCCUGCCACGCUUUAUUCUGCUGGAGCUUAUGGCUGGAGGAGACCUGAAAUCUUUCCUGAGGGAGACUCGACCAAGACCAAGCCAUCCCUCCUCCCUGGUCAUGCUGGACCUGCUACACGUGGCUCGUGACAUUGCUUGUGGCUGUCAGUAUUUGGAAGAAAACCAUUUCAUUCACAGAGACAUUGCUGCUCGAAAUUGCCUACUUACUUGUAAAGGCCCUGGAAGAAUAGCUAAAAUUGGAGAUUUCGGAAUGGCUCGAGACAUAUACAGGGCCAGCUACUACAGAAAAGGAGGGUGUGCAAUGCUCCCCGUCAAGUGGAUGCCACCUGAGGCCUUUAUGGAAGGAAUAUUUACAUCCAAAACAGACACUUGGUCAUUUGGAGUGCUGCUAUGGGAAAUAUUCUCUCUUGGAUAUAUGCCUUACCCCAGCAAAAGUAACCAGGAGGUCCUAGAGUUUGUAACAAGUGGAGGAAGAAUGGAUCCACCAAAAAACUGCCCUGGCCCAGUGUAUCGGAUAAUGACCCAGUGCUGGCAACACCAGCCUGAAGACAGGCCAAAUUUUGCCAUAAUACUGGAGAGGAUUGAAUACUGCACCCAGGAUCCUGAUGUCAUUCAUACUGUUCUGCCUGUGGAAUAUGGCCCGUGCAUUGAAGAAGAAGAAAAGGUUCCAGUUCGUCCCGAAGACCCUGAGGCAGUUCCUCCUCUGCUAGUCCUGCCACAGCAAGAGAAAAGGGGUGCUCAACAGCUCUUGCCAUCCCCUCUCUCGUUGGCCUUAGCCAUCCCUCCUGGAAAGCCUCUUAUGAAAGUGGCUGGCAUUGAGCAGCCGCCAGUCCGUGGCAACACGCAGGCACCCCUGGAAGGAGGACAUGUCAACAUGGCGUAUGCUCAGUCCAACUCUGCAACUGAGCUCCACAAAGGUGGCGGGUCCAGAAACAAACCCACCAAUCUCUGGAACCCGACGUAUGGCUCUUGGUUUUCAGAGAAGCCAGUUGUCAAAAACACUUCACAGGUGGAAAAAGAGGCAACUGAAGGGGAAGGUUCUGGGCAUGAAGGGAACAGUACUUUGGGAUCCAGCAUUGUGACUGGAAGGCUGCCAAGCUCCUCCCUUCUUCUAGAACCAUCUUCACUGACAGCCAGUGUUAAAGAAGUGCCUCUGUUCAGGCUCCGCCAUUUCCCGUGUGGGAACGUUAACUAUGGAUACCAACAGCAGGGCUUGCCUUUGGAAGCCCCUGCUCCACCCUUGUGCCAACAGUUACGAGGGUCCUCACCGUAGAAACUUGGCCUGUCCAGGGCAUUGAAAGUCUCCAGUUCUCCUGACUUUCUUACUGUGCGACUCAUGCCUCAUGAGCCUUGGAAUGAACUUCAGUGUCAUCCACACAGAAAGCAUGAGAGAAAAGAAGAUACUCCUCUGUUUUGUGCCAACAUGCUCGGAAGUGGCACCCUUUGAAGCUAUGUUUUCUCCCAGCACUCAAGAAGCCUCAGUGCUUCAGAGCCCCUUCCUAUAUCUAUACCUACACACACACACACACACACACACACACACACACACACGUCAUCAGUCAAUAUUAUCAGCAAGGCCCCAUUCUAAGUUGCAUAAAAAAUCAUCUGCAUGAUUGCUAUGUGCUAUGUGCUUCCCCACCCGCUGCUUCCUCUCAGUUGUUUGUGUGCAAUUUCAUGACUCACAGUUCAAGCGUUCGGAGAUUUCCUCUACUGCCAGAUGCAAAAUAUGGAAAUCCUUCUUGAUGUCAGAGGUCUGAAGAGACAAUGGGGAAAACAAUCAUACCCUUAGCAGGGGGAGAGGGACAGAUAAUGUUGGCUCUGAAAGGGCACAUAGCCAUUGCACCUACUUCCACAGUAUCAUUGGCAAGAAAACCAAAUUAAUUGCACUGCUUUCAUGCCCCAAAGAGAUACUGUAGGAAAUAAUGCCACAUGGUAAAAUUCUGUAGCACUAUCUUGGUGAAAAUGUGAAAUCUUUUCAUAUUGUCUGUCACAGGGUAACACAGACUUAAAACAUUCAUACAUACAGUGUGCAUUCAUCUUGAAGGUGUUUAUGCUAAAAUUUAGAGUUGGGGCUGCGAAUCUUUGGCACUCCUGAUAUUUGGAGGAGUUAUACGUAUUACAAACCCUUGCCAUUCCUUACCAUCAGCUAUGCUGGUUGAGGCUUGAGAGAGUUUAAAUCAGAAACGUUUGGGCAUGGGGAGGAGGGCAAUGUUCCUCAUCUCAGUUUUCCAGCUUGUACAGCAAGGAAGCCAUUCGUGUUUUGCAUACAUUAAUAGUGUCCAGGUAGAAUUUGUAAGGCAAAUAUAAUUGCAAAUUUCUUUGUUCUGUGCCAGGAUAUUAUUUAUCAGUGGCAACUAUAUACAUGACACUUUAGGACAGGGGUCCCAAACUAAGGUCCUUCAAGACCAUUUACCUGCCCUAAAUUUUAGACUUAGGGGCACCCUACAUCUGCAACAUCUUGAAGACACACAGCAACAGCAAUCCUAAUUAAUUUGACUAGCUCAUCAGCAGGCCCACACUUCCCAUUGAAAUACUGGUAAGUUUGUGUUGGUUAAAAUUGUUCUUUAUUUUAAGUAUUGUAUUGUUCUUUCAUUUUUUUCUGCACUACAAAUAAGAUAUGUGCAGUGUGCAUAGGAAUUCGUUCAUGUUUUUUUUUCAAACUAUAGACUGCAUCCCCCUCCAGCCUGAGGGACUGUGAACUGGCCUCUGUUUAAAAAGUUUGAGGACCCCUGCUUUAGGCGCUGAGUAAAAAAAAAGGUUGUGAAUCAAUAUUUUGUGAAGAGAUAUUUUCAAUCAUCAGCCACUUACCAUCCCUCAAAGUCAUGGCUCUGGUGGAGUCAAUACUCAGACUGAGGAAUCUCAAUUUGAGUAUAGAAUUUGGAAGCAUUGCCAACUUCAUUGUGCUGUCCAACUCCAACAUACCAUAGAUUCAUAUUGACAUAUUUUAACAUUCCUAAGAAGUUACCAUAAAUGAAAAGACUUGCUGAACUAAUCUCCCAUGAAGCAGGUGCAAGUACUGAUAUCAUAUGACCAACAUAAGAAAUGGCAGGGGUGGCACCGGUGAUGCCUGUCAUAUAAGCAUAGUUGGUAUCACAAUCUAGGAGGGCACAUCACUGUUGCAGGCAGGUCAGUUGACCUGUUAUUCUUCAGACUAUUAGGAGAAAUUUUCAACUUUGUUAUUGAGACUCAUUAAAAAAAUUAAGAUGAUCCACUUUGUAUACCUCAAUGAAGUAAAUGGAAAGUGUACAUUAGUUAUGCCAACAAGGCUCUCACAUUUGUUCCAAUGGACACUGUGUAAGAGAAUGAAGGCUAAAAAAAUGCAGCUGUUCUGUGCAGUUAACACUGCAUAAGACCCCAUUGAUUUGAUUGGGAUUUUAUGCAACUAAAGAAGACUGACCUUCUUGAAUAAUAGGCAAAAGACCUCCACUUUCCAUGGAAGGAGCAAUAAAUCAAUGAGGAAAUGAGCCUGAAUUCUUAGCAAUGAAUUACAGCUGGAAUUAUCUAGCCAUGGAUUCCUAACUGUACAAUAGCUCCCUUUAUGGAACAAGCAAGAACUUUGAAAUGUAGCUGAAACAGUUCAGGCUUGGCCCUAAUUUUUGCUUGCAGUCACUGGCAGUCUUAGGCUUUUUCUUUUGUUCACAAAGCAGUUAUGCCCCAGCUAUGACUUAGAAAGUUUUAUUUUUAAUAUCCUUGUAUAUUGCAGAAGCAACAAUCUGGAAAGGUUAGUUAUUCCAUAGCUCUUGUGCUUGACAUCCCCACUUGUUCACAGCAGGGGGCAUGCUAUACCUGCAUGAAUUGCCCUUGCGGGCAGUUAUUCAACAUGCACAACAAAAUUCUGUUAGAUGCAAAAAAACAAACAAACCAUUAAACAUUUAUCAUAUGCUAAGAGCAUAAAGGAGCACUAAUCUAUAGUCCUUACAAACUAUUGCUGCAUGGCUUUCCAUGUGUAUAAACCCAAGGGCAUAUUGGAGGAGCCUCAUCCUGUCUGCGUGGCCAGAUUCUUACAUUAUAACCUUUGAAGAAUUUUGAGAUCAAGGGAAGCUUCUAAAAUCACUAGGCCUCCCACAGCCAUCUCGAUAUAGUGAUGUGUAGAUUGCACUUGCAGAAGUAAAAGAAGGUCCUGGUUUUAUACCAAUACUUGUUUGUGAUGCUUAGACCCAUUAACUUAAGCAGGAUUUCAGCACUCCCAUCAGCAGGGUUAUUUAUAGGGAUAGUUCACAGCGCGGAAAUGGAACAGUCAAUCCUCUUAAAUAUCUAGCACAGGUGGGUGAUAAAGGAUUUGAGUCACACUGCAGCAGGAUAACAUCACACUAGUAGAAUUGGAGCGGCAUUUCAUUACAAGGCAGACACUAUAUUAGCCUUGACUUAAAGGUAGGGAAUAAUGCUGGAUACAACAGCAUCAGAAAUAAACAGAAACUGGAGUUUCAGAGGAAGUUACUUUGCCCCUCUCACAGCCUACCACUGCCUAAGACAGAGGCCAUUUACAACAUAUGAUCAUGGGAGGCAGCAAGGAAUAUGGAAUUUGUUUCCAUCUUUGCUUUCUGACCGAUGUGCCGUCUGAUCAGAGACUCGGGGCUGAUUGCAAGCUAGCAUAACCUUUGGAGGCACAUUAGAAAAUACACCAGAGCGUGUCAAAAUGGAACCUUUCAGACCUUUCAGGAAUGACAUGUGGAAGAUUAGACGCUGUUGCUGGAACAUACAGAGCUAAAGCCCUUUAGUGGUUUCAAUGCAACAUUCACUUAGUGACUUAUUUGCCUCCUGUUAUUGAUUGUGCAGUACAUUUCAUUAUGGCAAAAACAGAAAGAAGGAUGGCAAGUCACAGCAGGGAAGAGAAUUAAUUAGCCAUGAGAAAAGUGGAACAAAAGCAAGUUAGUUCCAGGGGUGGGGGUGAGCCUGUUGACUGAAAUGUUCUUCCUGUUGUUAGUGGGAGGUCAAACUGAUAUAUUAUACCUGUGAGGCCUUCUCCCUACACAUCUGACAUCAUUCUCAGAUAACUUUCAAUAGGUCAAGUACAUUUACUGGUAGGAGUACCCAACAGAUGCCACUUUCCCACUCCUCCUGUUAUCAAUAUAAAUAAGCCCCACUCCAUUUUCUAUUGGACUUUUUCAUGCACAUAGGAGUUCCACACUAUCUAACAUAGCACUGCAGACAGGCUAUCUUUUCACCCUAAUUCUAGGAUGUUCAAUUGGUAAAGCACUGACACGUUCAUUUUGCAGUGCAUGGCUCUGGCUAUUAAGACUUUCCUUUGGGACAUCUUUCCCUGAAAGCAAGGCCUCUAGUUAUGCCUAAACUUUGAAAAACUACUACCAUUUUAAUGUCUUCUCACAGCUAUAUCACCCAAUUCAUGAAUGUCUAAACCACAAGAUGUCUUUUUAGGGAAACAAAAACUCUGUGUACCCAAUCUCAGCCUCUCCUUCUGUGUCAAAGCUUUGUCAUUAGGAAUGUGCAUCACAUUUGUACAGAUGUUUAGACAACAUUGCUCAUAAAUCAAAGGCCUAUGCAUUUCAGGGAUCCUUCUCAAGAUAAAAUACUAAUAUAUGGUCAUUGUAUUUUGUAUUGUAUUUGUAUUGUAAUCAAGUGUUAGUGAAGCUAAAGGCAUGAAGACAAAAUAAAAUGACUGUAAAGGAA